AUGAGGAGAAAACGAACAAGUGACAGUGAUGACUCUUUGAGCAAUAACUCAUCUUCCAAUAGUUCUGCAUCACAAUCAGGAAAGAAUAGUCAGAAUUCGAACCCAGGAGAUUCAUCAGUUUCGAAGGAUCAUCAGCAGUCUGACCCACAUGACCUCAUAGAGCGGUUUGUGAUGAACCAGAAGGCCCGAUUUCCUCAUGCAAUUGCUGAAAUAAAGCAAGGAAAGAAACGAACGCACUGGCUUUGGUUCAUACUGCCAACGCCACCCUAUAUUGUCGAUGGCAAAGAACGUGGAUCUGAAAUGAAUCGCUACUUUGCACUUCGAGGGGAUGCCCCACAAGCCUAUUUGAAGGUUGACGCUCUACGGUAUAAUUAUCUAGAAAUCUGUCGAGCUAUGGAAUGUCAACUGAAAUUUGGAAACACUUUCAGGAAUAUGUUUGGCCCAUAUGAUUGCCCAAAGGUGAUCAGUAGUUUGAAUAUGUUCAAUGAGACGGCGCUACAAAUGAAAGAUGAUGAACUAGCUACUGUCUGUAGUAGCUUGCUGUCAAUGGACAAGAAGAAGAAUCCAAACUCGACAAAGCGAUAG